UCCUCCUCUUUUAAACACACUCUCCUCCUCUCUCUCUCACAAACUCACUUCCCCUCACCAAAAGCUUUUCUUCUUCAGACAUGGAGACUUGGGAGAAGCCAUCUUCUAGAGGUCACCACCGUAACCCUUCCUUCUCCUCCACUCUCCUCGACCAUAUCUACCGCUCCAUCGACGACAACUCCCCUCCCUUAGAACCCACAAGGAAGAAGAAACCUCUCCAUGAGGAUCUCGACACUUCUCCAGACAAACUAGUCUUUCACCGCCGCUCAAUAGCUGCUGACUUCGAAAGAUCCAGGCGAACCACCACCACCGCCGCCGCCGCAGACUCUGUUUUCCUCAGAUAUUCCAACUCCACCUCCUCUGACUCAAGCGGACUCUCCUCCUCCGAGUCAGACUCCUUCUACGGACGUUCCAAAUCUUCUGCAUCUCCUCCGCAACCUAAACCAAUCCGUACCUCCGCCGUGAGCUCCGGCGAGAGAACCAACACUAAACAAGAACUCGGUGGCUUCUUGAGAACCAAGUCAAAAGCGUUGAAGAUCUACACCGACUUGAAAAAAGCGAAACAACCAAUCUCUCCAGGCGGACGGCUCGCUACGUUCCUCAACUCGCUCUUCACCAACGCAUCCACUAACCCUAAGAAGCCCAAGAAAAACAGCACUUCCAUCUCUGUCUUGUCGGAGUCACAGUCAUCCUCCACCACGUGCUCCUCAGCGUCGUCUUUCUCUAGGUCUUGCCUAAGCAAAACUCCCUCGUCUAGUGGAAAAUCUAAAAGGUCCGUACGGUUCUGUCCGGUGAAUGUGAUCCUCGACGAGGACUCCUCCGUUUACAUCCCUUGCGGUAAUAACAACAACGACACCAAACGUUAUCGCCAAGUUAUGGAGGAGGAGAAUCGUCGCGUUAUCGAAGCGGCCAAGGAUCUUAUCAGAACGUACCAAAAGAACAAGGAUCUUUUGGCCGUGACAACGUGCCAUGACGUUGAAGAUGAUGAUGAUGCGGCGAGUUGUGCUAGCUCGGAUCUGUUCGAGUUGGAGAAUCUUUCGGCGAUUGGGAUCGAGCGGUAUCAAGAAGAGUUACCAGUGUAUGAGACCACUCGUUUAGAUAAUACUAAUCGAGCCGUUGCUACAAGUUUAACUGUAUAAUAAUAAUGUUUUAGUUAAGUGGUUGGGGGUGAUUAGUGUAUUUUUUUUCUUAUAUUGUUCUUUCUUAAAUUCUCUUAUGUUAGUAACUUUUGUGUAACAAUAUAUAUGUUAAAUCAUGGUAUAUUUUUGGGUCA